CAGUUUCUCCGGCAGCUGCACGCUCAGUCCCCCUUCGGGCUCACCUCCACGCAUGUGUGCGUCCCUGGGCCGGGCGGGGCAAGACCGUGGGCGGCCCCACCCCCUCGGUGUCCAGUCCUCCUCCUGUCCGAGCUUUAGUGUCGGGCGGGUAAGAACCUAGUAUCCCCAGGGACUCCACUCUGUCUUCCCGGCCGGCCCAAGGCCUGGAGGCCCCGUCCCGCCCGGCUGAGCAGAUCCUGGGACCCGCGGAGGGUCGGCCCCCACAGGUCAGGAGCGGAUUGGGGACAGAGCUUCGGGUCUUUCUGGACGGAGGGAGCCGAGGCUGCCUCUCUGCCCCCAACUUCCAGACCCGAAAUCUUGUGCGGUUGUGGUGCCAGCUUCUGGGUUGGAUUGCCUGUGGGAAGUCGGGGUAGUGUGGGCGUGUAGGGUGUUGCUGUGUGUGCGUGUGUGCAUAUUCUGUGGGCCUUGAGAUGGGUGCGUGUGGGAGUUGGUAGAGGCUCCAAUCCCACAGCUCGGGGUGGGUCGGACACAAGGCCUGGCUGUCUCCGCGAGCGUUAGUCACAAGCUCACAUGCCAACCCGGAUCCAGAAAGGGCCCCUUAUGUGGUAAGUGACACAAAUGUACAUAUACAUCUUUCAGGUGGCAAGGGUCACCACAGCCUCCGUGCCAGACCCACUUGCCGACUGUGUGCUUUGCCAUACACAUGGGCCUCUGGCCUUGUGGAGGGAAGUGAGUUUGGAGUGCCUGGGUUGGACCAGGUUGGAUGUGGAUGUGGGGGAAUUGGAGGACCUUCCCCCAGGUCUCAUCUCUAUCCCUUUUCCAGGCAAAAUCCCCUCCUCUGCCCAGACCAGGGUCUCUUCCCCAGGCCUCAGGAGGUAGGUCCCAGCAGCAUCAGCCUUGUAAGUACAGAUGGGUCCUGGAUUGAGUGUUCUUCAGGUUUCUGGCCUCCAGGUCCUUUCCAAAUUCCCAGAUGAGAAAGGACCAGGGGGGCCUCUGGGCCCACAUGCCCUCUGCCCUUGCUGAACCCACCAAGGAACCCUCCUGUCCAGCCCCUGAGCAGGAGGUGAGGGCUGGACACUGACCCUAGAGGCAGGAGUGGGAGCUUAGUCACUCCAGGGACUAUGCUCUUGCUGAGAACUCUGGAAAGCCUCCUAUCAGCAAGUCUCCACCUGGCUCUGGCUUAGAUGGGGAUAGGAGUCUCCCUGUGCCAUCCCUGGACUCAGACCAGGGGUUUGCCAUGGUCUUUGAGACAGGGUGGUUUCCAGUGUGCCCUUUUCCAUCCAGAGCUGCAAUAUGGUCUCCUCCAGCUUUGGCCAGCUGGAGCCAGCAAUAUCACUUCCACCCCAUUUGACCUGGAGGAAACUGGUCCAGAUUGGUGACUGGGGAGACUGGGGGGGGGAGGUACCCAGCCCUGGAAUGAAUCAGGAUGAAGUGAGCCAGGAAAGGGGGACAGACUACCCCAAGGGACUCCUGACUUCAGGCUUGAGGAAUUUCCCCCAUGUCCCUAUACACAGCCCCUUCUGGACUCAGAGAAGUCUCCCAGCUCCUUUUUCUGAGUGCUGCCCAUGACAUUCCAACCCCUUCUCUAAGAGAUGCAGCCACUGGGAGCACUGCUAGCUGGCAGAACCAUGCUUCACAACUCCAGCCACAGGGAAGGCAUGGUCCAUGUGAAUAAGACCCGGAGGGAGCAGGACAGGGACAGGGAAGGGGUGGGGGCAGGGGGAGCCCUGGCCCCCGGUACCUCCUCCCCAUUCCUCCCUGAGCCUCCAGGGGCCUCGGGCAGCAAUAUUCCUGUUUACUGUGCCCUCCUGGCCUCCGUGGUCCUCGGUCUGCUUGCCUACGUAGCCUUCAAGUGCUGGUGCUCACGUAAACAAAGACAGCAGCUGGCCAAAGCUCGGACUGCAGAGCUGGGGGCCUUCAACAGGGACCAGAUGCAUGGGGAUAGCAGUGUCUUCCAGGACUCUCCUAGCAGCCUGGAGCCCUGUGUCCCCAGCCAGGGGCCACAUCCUGAACUUGGCUGCCGGCUUUACCUCCAUCUCCCUCGGCAGCAGCAGGAGGAAGUGGAACAGCUCCUGGAGGCGUCGGGUGAACCUGACAAAGGCUGGCGGGGCCUGGCGGGCCACCUGGGCUACCAGGCUGAGGCAGUGGAGACCAUGGCUCAGAGCCAGGUGCCAGCCUACACCCUGCUGAGGUACUGGGCUGUCCAAGAAGGCAGCGGUGCCACCCUCAGGGUGCUAGCAGAUGCGCUGGCUGUCCUGGGCCGUGAAGAUGUGGUCCGGGCCCUGGGCCCACUGGCUGGGGACUGCUCCGUGGUGUGACGCUCCACAGCCUAGCCUCUCAGGGAACCUGCUCUGGUGCUCCCACCACCCCCAGCUCAUACACCUUCCCUUUCACGGGCUUCCUGGCAUUGGUGACCUUGGCCUGCUGUUCUGGGGGACAGGGAAGAUCCAGGCACCACUCACCUCCCCUCACCCUACACUCCUCCAGGACAGGGACCAGGAUAUCGCGGGGAGGGGUUGAUAGUGAGGAGCAGUCCUGCCCUCCUGAUCCCCACUCCACCUCCCCUUACUUAGCCUCAACUGUUUUUUCUACUUUUGUAUCCCAUAUUAAAGGCAACUUUGGACUAUU